CAAACGCACCGUAGCUUUACUUGACUAUGUAGGAUUUACGGAAGAGUCGUUCCAGGCGUGGCUCAGGAACUUCCGUCUUUUACAGCGCAAAAAUGACAGCGACUCUGCGCCCCUACUUAAACGCUGUGAGGGCCACUCUGCAGGCAGCCCUCUGUCUGGAGAACUUCUCCUCUCAGGUGGUGGAGCGUCACAACAAGCCAGAGGUGGAGGUCAGGAGCAGUAAGGAGCUUCUACUUCAGCCUGUGGUGAUCAGCCGCAAUGACAAGGAGAAGGUUCUCAUUGAGGGAUCCAUCAACUCUGUCAGAGUCAGCAUUGCUGUCAAGCAGGCUGAUGAGAUCGAGAAGAUCCUUUGCCACAAGUUCAUGCGCUUCAUGAUGAUGAGAGCGGAGAACUUCUUCAUUCUGAGGAGGAAACCAGUAGAGGGAUAUGAUAUUAGCUUCUUGAUUACCAACUUCCACACGGAGCAGAUGUACAAACACAAGCUGGUGGACUUUGUCAUCCACUUCAUGGAGGAGAUCGACAAGGAGAUCAGCGAGAUGAAACUGUCCGUUAACGCCAGGGCCCGUAUUGUUGCUGAAGAAUUCCUCAAGAACUUCUGAUGACAGUGUUGUCCUCGGUCCAGUACAAGCCUGGGAACACUCAAAAGAGCCAAUCGGCACGAGAGAGGAGAACUAAAGGAGUAAACAGCCAAUCAGCGAGGAGAUGAGAGGAACGUGACCAAUCUGGCAAUGACAGCCUUUGCACCCGUCUGGAGUAUUUCCCUGUACUCAUGAAUAUCGAUUACUGUAUAUAAUGAAAUAUUUACCAGUUUCAUUUUCAGCCACUUAGAACAAAUCCCCAAACAAAGGCGGGUCCUUAAAAGUAUUAAUCAAGUUGAUAGCCAUGAUUACAGGGGCAUUAAGGACGUGUUGUUGCAAGUGAAACAACCAGGUUUUUGUAUUUUGUGUAUGUGAGUCUGUAUGUUCUGUCACUGCUGUUUCAAAUUCGUCUCCAAAAAUUUCUCUGUUCAGGACAUACAUGUUUGAGGAAAUAGUCUGUGUGGCAUUAAAUCACAUGGAGAUGUCUGUAAAAAGAAAAAACAAAAAACGGCUACAAUAACCCCACAGUGAAAGAUAAUAAAAGUCAGUUGUUUGUA